UGGUGGUCAUUUCUCUGUGAAAGUGAGCUACAUGCUGCCAGACUGACGUUAACGGAGCAAAAAAAGACACCUGGAGGACACAGUACUUUUUUUUUUUAAAGUGGCAAUUAGUGCGGAUUGAGGAAGUUGCGGGAGUGUAAUGGGUUAACGGCGGAAGGCCUCGACUCACCUUUGUGCGCGUCACCCAGCUCUGUGAAGUGAUCAAGUGAUCCCACCACCCAGCAUCCAAACCGAGGAGGGGGUGGGGGGGAUAUCACCGCCUCUAUAGCCGUCAGACGCACGUCCUCGCCUCGGUUGUUCUCCCAUCAUCCUGUCGGUCUCCGCCCCUCCUCUCCAUCAUCAAACACAUCCAGAAGAAAAACGUCAACUAUCGGAUUAAGAGUGAUUCAGCGGCGAAAUAACGCACCAUGAAAGACCGCAUGCAAGAACUUAAACAUGGGAAGGAGACGACAGAAGAGGAGGAUGAAGUCGCCGUUGGGAUGGAGAAAGGAUUUAUGGACGAAUUCUUUGAGCAGGUGGAGGAGAUCCGGGGUUUUAUCGAGUCUUUGGCAGAGAAAGUGGAGGAGGUGAAGAGGAAGCACAGCGCCAUCCUCGCCUCACCCAACCCUGAUGAGAAAACUAAGGUUGAGCUGGAGGAUCUUAUGGCAGACAUCAAGAAGCUGGCCAACAAAGUACGCUCCAAAUUAAAGAGUAUCCAGCAAACCAUUGAGCAGGAGGAGGGACAGAACAAGUCGUCUGCUGACUUGAGGAUACGUAAGACACAGCACUCCACACUGUCCCGUAAGUUUGUGGAGGUGAUGUCAGAGUACAACACCACCCAGUCGGACUACAGGGAGCGCUGCAAGGGACGCAUUCAAAGACAGCUGGAGAUCACUGGGAGAAACACAACAAAUGACGAGCUGGAGAGCAUGUUGGAGAGUGACAACCCAGCUAUCUUUACCUCGGGGAUCAUUAUGGACAACAUCACCCAGCAAGCGAUGAAUGAGAUCGAGACUCGACACACUGAGAUUAUCAAGUUGGAGAACAGUAUCAGAGAGCUUCAUGACAUGUUCAUGGACAUGGCCAUGUUAGUGGAGAGCCAGGGUGUGCUGGUGAACAACAUUGAGCAGAGUGUGGUGGGGGCACAGGAGUACGUGGAGGAGGCAAAAGAGAGCAUCCCAAAAUGCAAAAAGUUCAAAAAGACCGGCAAACGGAAGAUGAUCCUGAUAGGAUGUUGUGUUGCAGUCUCUGUGACCGUCCUCAUUAUUUGCCUGGUGGUCGGACUCAGUUAGGACACAGAGACACACUCUUUAUUGUUCAGCUGUUAAAAAUGUACUGUAUACUGGGUCUUAUAAUGUACAGUCAGUUGUUGCUUGUGAGCUCGGACACACCAUCUUACAUUACUGGUCUGAAGAACAUCUAUGAGUAAACCAGCUCAAUAUGCUUCUGUGCACUCAAAUAUUUUACAUAAAAAAACUAAUUAGCUUUUUUUUCUAAACUAAAUAGUCAAACAUCUUAAGGAUCUGUUUGCGCUUUGUGUGGCAUGAUUCACAGACCUUUGUCAUGUGCAUAUUCUGCAGUCUGUUUGCAUGUUUUUUCUUCAAACACAGAGUGGCAUAUAAAUGGUUAGUUAAUUGAUAAUAAACAUAAAUGUAUGUGGAAUCAGAGUCAAAGACCAUUUUCAUUUUUCUCAUAUACCUCAACAUUGAGUAAGUUCAUGAACAGUCAGCCUUUCAGAUGAAUCCUGAUCCAAGAUCCUGUUUUUUGAGUUCUUGCUCACUGUUUUGCAAAUAUAACCUGUUUGUAAUAGUAGUAAAGGAAUAGUUCAACAAUAUGGGAAAUUAGCGUAUUGGGUUUUUUGAGGGGUUACAUGCUGAGACUGGGCAGUCACUUCUUGGAGUCUCUGCUGGUUGCCUGGCAACCUCACAUCGACGACAAUACUCCAGGAAGUGUAUUGGCUAAGAAAUAGCCAGCAAAUAACCCUGAUGGAUCUAUCAUAAUAUAUCCAGUUCUUAUAACAAUCAUAAGUUAUUGAUACAGGACUCCAGGACGCCAAAAAAAGGGUUUACUUUCCUCUUUCUUACAUACAUUUUUACCAUGCAUGUGUCACUGAUCUUCUCAUCUAACUCUCAGAUGAAGGUGAGUAAGUGUAUUUCCCAAAACGUCAAACUAUUCCUUUAAGAGUUGUCGGAAACUGUUGAUUCCACAGACAUUAAAUGUUGGACAUUGACUGUUUAUGAAGUCAUGUGGAUGUAUGCAUGCUAAAAAGUUAAGUUUUACAAGUUAAGCUUGGCUUAAAGUCACUGUGUAGAUUUUUACUGAAAAAUUAAACUAUCCUGGUAUGGUCUGGAUAUGUUUUUUGCCUUGCCCUUGCCUUCAUGUGUGAUGCUUUCAUACUACCAACAGAUGGCGCCAAAAUGAGGAUUCUCAUAGUCUGUGCAUAGUGGCUUUAUAUGCUAGAAUGAUUCAUGUGGCAUGUGGGAAUAUACUGUAUGUUGUUUAAUGUGGUCUGAGCAAAAUGCAGGAACCAAAGAGUUAUGGUUGUAAAGGCAGAGGAAGUGAAAAUGCUUCUAAACCACAGUCACACUCCAACAACAUUGUAUUAAAAUCCAAUAUCCUCUCUCCAAACUGCAUUUUGUUCUCCUUAUUAUGAAGAUUGUAACAUGUUUUAGGCAAAGUACAAAUGAUAUUUCUAACAUGUUUUCUUCUGCUCCUCAUUUGCUGCCUUGGAUUUUUUUUUUUUUUUCUUUUUUUGUUAACACUAUUCAGAAGAAAAUUAUGAUUAUUAUAUGCUGUGUGGUUCUGGGAAUUGUCAUUGCUUCCGUUGUUGGGGGAACGUUAGCAUAAACUUCCGCCACAGUCCACACUGAAACACACACACACACGACAGAGCAAAAACAGACCACAUUUCCAUGUUUUUUCAUGAAUGCAAUCUAUUACACAUUUAGCACAAGCGUCGUUAACACACGAUACAUUUUACAUACAGUGUACAGGGCCAGAGGUGUUUUUCGCAUGAGUUGCUAUUUUGUAAAUGUGUGGUGCUGCAAAAUGUUUAUCUGAGUGUUGAGUGUUGUCAACGA